AUGGUGCCUUUGCCUCGCCCUGAUACAGAGGUUGCAGAGUAUUAUCCCGAAAUCUGGGGUGCGAUCCGGAUGGGGGAGGAAGAGGAAUAUGAAUUGGCAGACCCCGGAAUCGAGGACGCUCGCAACAUCUACCGGGAGCAUGGGUGGCCAGACCUGGCUAGGUUCCGGCGACAGGAGUGCUACGACGCAUUGGUGGAUUUCCGAACGAAGGUUAUGGAAGAGGAUGAAGAAGACGGUUAUGGGCCUGCUUGA